AUGGUUGGGUAUCGUAUUCCGACUGGUGCAGUACACGAAGCCGUUUUUUUGGACCGUUGGCCGACACCUUUGCCCGCAGCUCUGAAGCCGUACCACAACGUGAAAGCGGAACUGACUACAUUAGACAGCAUACUUUUACGUGGAGAACGAGUCGUUAUACCAGCUGUACUCCAGCAGCGCAUUCUGGAUAGCCUCCACGCGGCACACCAUGGCAUCACCAAGAUGAAAGCCGUUGCCUACAGUUACAUAUGGUGGCCCGGGUUACACUCACACAUACUUGCCUACGUAAAAACAUGCCCUACGUGCCGCGAGAACCUGAACACGCCACGCUGCGAGUACAAAUCCUGGCCUACUCCAAAGAACCACUGGCAGCGCGUUCACGUGGAUUACUGCUCCUACGAGGGCCAAGACUACCUCGUUAUCGUCGACGCAUGGAGCCGCUGGCCGGAAAUAUUUACGGUCCACACCAUGACAGCUGCAGAACUCAUACGCCACAUGCGAUACGCCUUUGCUGCACACGGCAUCCCCAGCCUCUUGGUAUCAGAUAACGGCAGUCAACUAGUCUCCGCAGAUUUUAACAAUUUUCUAUCUCGAAAUGGAUGCAAGCACCUUACAUCAGCCCCUUAUUUCCCUCAAUCAAACGGUUUAGCCGAGCGUACAGUAGGUACCUUCAAGCGCUUCCUAAAAAAAUUUACAGAGGGGGAUUGCCAUGCCAAGAUUGCCCGAGCGCUUUUUGCCAUGCGAAUUACACCAUGCAGCGCCACGGGUGAAGCUCCUGCUCAGCGAGUAUUCAAUCGCUCUUUACGAACGCCUUGGGACCUCCUCAAACCAUCAACUACAAAAACUCUCAAAUGA